AUGGGGAAUAUUUCUAGGAGGGAUGAAAUGCCGCAAAACCCCAUCCUUGAGCUUGAAGUUUUUGAUGUGUGGGCUAUCCAUUUCAUGUGCCCUUUUAUUUCUUCACAUAGGAACAAGUAUAUUUUUGUUGUUGUUGACUAUGUCUCUAAGUGGGAGGAGGUCGUGGCUUCCCCUACGAAUGUUUCUAAGGUAGUGGUAAAUCUUUUCAAGAAGGGGCUUGCUUACCACCCUCAAAAGAGUGGUCAAGCGGAGAUCACCAAUAGGGAGCUCAAAGUGAUCUUUGAGAAGACGGUUGCUAGAACAAGGAAGGAUUGGUAUUCUAAACUCAUCGACUCUCUAUGGGCGUAUAGGACCGCCUUCAAAACUCCAACAGGGACAACUCCCUAUAAGCUUGUUUAUGGGAAAAAUUGUCACUUGCCCGUAGAGGUGGAGCAUCGAACCCAUUGGGUUAUCAAGCAAAUUAACUUUGACCUCCAUAGUGCGGGUGAACAAAGGCUUCUCGAGCUACAUGAGUUAGAGGAAAUGAGGAUGAAUGCUUACGAUAGCGCAAGCAUGUACAAGGGACGGACUAAGGUUUGGCACGAUGCUCAAAUUGUCAAGAAGGAAUUUGUCAAAGUCCUAAAGGUCCUCCUAUUCAACUCCCGCUUGAAGCUUUUCCCGGGCAAGCUUAGGUCAAGGUGGAGUGGGCCGUACAUUAUCACGGAGGUAUUCCCAUAUGGCUCUUAUGAGAUUUCCCAAGACGGGCAUACUUCAUUCAAAGUGAACGGUCAUCGGCUUAAGCCCUACUACGAAGGAUUCCCAAGUGAUGAACCAAUUUCUGUGACUCUUCUUAAUAUGCAUCAUCAAUUUGACCCUCCUUGA